GUGCUGGUGGGACUGCGAUGGCGUCUGUGACCCAACAGCAGAUGCAGAAGUUCCAUGAGGAUGGUUUCCUCGUCCUGGAGCACUUCUUCAGCCCAGAGGAGUGUGACAGCAUGAGGAGCAGCAUCCAGAGGAUCCUAGAUGGGAUGGAGGUGCCACCACACUGCCGGACUGAGUUCUCCACCAAGGAAGAGGAGCAGCUCCAGGCACAGGGCAGCUCGGAUUAUUUCCUCACCAGUGGAGACAAGGUCAGGUUCUUCUUUGAGAAAGGUGUUCUGGAUGAGAGAGGCAACUUCCUAAUUGCAAAGGAGAAAUCUGUCAGUAAGAUUGGCCAUGCCUUGCACGCUCAUGAUCCUGUCUUCAAGCAGAUCACUCACUCCUCUAAGGUGCAGGAACUGGGGAGAAAACUAGGCCUUGAGAGACCAGUGGUUGUGCAGAGCAUGUACAUCUUCAAGCAACCCGGCAUCGGUGGGGAAGUGACACCACACCAGGAUGCCACGUUCCUGCACACGGAGCCCCUGGGAAAGGUCCUGGGCUUCUGGAUUGCACUGGAGGAUGCCACCCAGGAGAAUGGCUGCUUGUGGUUCAUUCCUGGCUCCCACACCAGUGGGAUCACCCGCAGGAUGGUGCGUGCAGCCCAAGGUGCCUCGACGUGUGUGGAAUUUGUAGGGUCAGAGCCGGCCUACGAUGACAGCAAGUUCGUACCUGUGCCCAUAAGCAAAGGUGGGCUCAUAGUCAUCCAUGGAGAAGUCGUCCAUAAGAGUGAAAUGAACAGCUCGGGGCUCUCUCGCCACGUGUACACCUUCCAUGUGAUGGAGGCCAAAGGCACCAACUGGAGCAAGGAGAACUGGCUCCAGCCAACUCCUGAACUGCCUUUUCCACCGCUCUAUACUUGACAUUCACGAUUGGCUUCUGGAGUCAACUGGCUGGUUGGUGUUCCCAUUAUUGCUUGUCUGUGUUCUCUAUAAGUGCAGUUCACUAGAUCAAU